AUGAGUUUUCAUAAAGUUGACAAGGUAAUCUUUGGCCUUCAGUUUGCGGAUUUGAUAGGAGCGGUAAACAGACCGAAGGUUUGGCCUUCUUUCAGCUUUGAAUCCGGUGAGAUACUUAAAGUUUUGAGAUCGUUUACAAGGUGGAAAUUCUUUUUGGAAAUCAAACAAACGAAUAGAGGAGCUUUUCUCAUUGCCCUUAAUGUGAUUAAAGAGGACCCUUUGUUCGAUUCCUCUUUGGUGCAGAAUGACCCUAUUUUCUUAAUAGUAGCACUCGAGUUCUACACUUCACCAAAUGUUCCCCUCUCUUUCUCUCCCUAUCCACUUCGGUGGUUUGUCUCUCCACUCAAAACCCAUCCGGCUACGACCGCGAAGAGGUACGGUGGCUACGGGAGGAGCAAAGAUGGAUUCGCGAGGAGCAACGGUGGCUCCGUGAAGAACAAAGGUGGAUACACGAGCCAGGGAACUUCAAUUCCCGAUUCAAUCUCCAACGUCGCUGCUCUGCUUCAGGUUCUAAAGGAGAAGAAUCGGAUUUUAGAGAGUGGGUCGAGCGUAAAACCAAUGGUAUUGGAGAAUACGAGAGAACCCGGGGAGGAAGUUGAAGAAGAGGAAGAGAAACGGGUAAUUUCUGAGGAGAAAUUUAGGGUUUCGGAGCCAUUGAAGAAGAGGAGGACAUUGAAAGUUGGAAGCGAAGGCGAAGAGGUUCAAGCUUUGCAGGAAGCUCUGUUAAAAUUAGGAUUCUAUUCUGGUGAGGAAGAUAUGGAGUUUUCUAGCUUCUCGAGUGGGACAGCAAGUGCUGUGAAGACUUGGCAAGCAUCACUUGGCAUCCGUGAGGAUGGGAUAAUGACAGCGGAGCUUCUUCAGAGGUUGUUCAUGGAUCAAAAAACGGAUGAAGACACAAAAACAGAAAAGGAUGAAGCAAGUACAAUGAAGCAAGAGGAAGCUGGUAAUGGAGCGGUAAAGACCCAAGUCUCUGAGCAGCAGCAGUCAAUCAUAAAAGAUCCAAGUGACAGAGAAGUUAAUGUUUCUCAACAUCGGGUUUUCCUUCUCGGAGAAAACCGAUGGGAAGAUCCCUCUAGGCUCAACAAACCGGUAGACAGAAGUAAAUCUACAGAUACCAAAACGAAGUGCAUCACUUGUCGAGGGGAGGGUCGGUUGAUGUGCCUAGAGUGCGAUGGAACCGGUGAACCAAACAUUGAGCCGCAGUUUAUGGAAUGGAUUGGUGAAGAUACAAAGUGUGCGUACUGUGAAGGUCUUGGCUAUACAGUUUGCGAUGUCUGCGACGGCAAAACAACCAUAUGA